AUGAACCGGAGCAACCCGGACUUCCAGCAGAGAUCAGUGGUAUCCUCUUUCGUCUCUGAUUCAGGAGAAACCAAAGUUGCUCUAUUUCGGCGAAGCGAGAAAGUCGGCACAUAUCAAUUAACUGAUUUCUCAAGGCACAACCUUGCUCCCAUCUCAGGCAGUAUAGGGGGUCAUGAGACACCGGUAGCAGCGGCAUGGCGCGAGUUAAAAGAGGAGACUACUCUCACCCCACGAGAUGUCGAUCUUUGGCGGAAAGGAAAACCAUACACCUUCUGUGAUCCUCCUAUCCGUCGGCAGUGGACCGUUUUUCCAUUCCUAUUCCGACUCAAAGACUGCAGUGAAGGUGGUCGCGGGGAGAGUGGUAUUCAAAUCGACUGGGAGCAUGAAAGCUGGGAGUGGUAUAGCCCCGAUACAGUCCAGGACGGUGAGAAGUUCGGUGGCGUACCACGUCUGAAAGAAAGCCUGCGACGAGUGUGUUUUGAAAGCGAUAUGAGCGAGGGUGCUAGCAAGGCACUCAUUUCAGGCCUGAGACAACUGAAAGCAGAUCACCAGAGCGGAUCGCACGAGCUGACCUCGAUUGCGCUGAAGGCCUUCCGGGAUGUUAUUGCGCAGAUGAGUGAGGAUAUUGAUGAAAGGUGGUGGGGAACUGCUCGCAUGGCUGCAUGGCAUCUGUGGAAAAAUGGAAGAGAAAGUAUGGGCGCAGCCACAUUGAAUGCAUUUCUUGGAUUGCUCGCCGACAUGGAAGAGAUCGUACACGAGACUCUGGACCGCAGCGUCAAAUGGGAGCGCUUACUGGCUUUGCUCGACCACCAUUUGGACAAGCGCAAGGAGAUGCCCAUGCGUAUAAAACGUUCCUUUGGGGGUUAUCUUGAAUGCAACUUCCUGUCUACAGCAGAGUCACAGCCUUCGCCGUCUCUUGUUAUCCUCACGCUGUCGGCGAGCUCUACCAUCCGGGACAGUAUUUUAGAGGCCUUUGCGUCCCUUCCUAUUCCUAAUUUGGAUCUUAGGAUACUAGAAUCUCGUCCGCUUUGUGAAGGAGUCAAUAUGGCAUCUUCCAUCCUGUCUGCCUUUCAGUCAAGAUUUCCCUCGUCUUCCGAUCGACAUCUAGAACUAACUGUGUACACCGAUGCAUCCGCCGCUCUUGCCAGCAAGGAAGUGGAUUUCGUCCUACUUGGGGCAGACCGGAUCUCAGACUCAGGCUCAGUGAGCAAUAAAACUGGGUCUUUGCCAGCUGUUCUGAGUGCCAGGCAUGCGUGUCCUGCUACCAAGGUAUUGGUUCUCAGUGAGCUGGAGAAAGUAGCCGAGCCUGGCGCCGAGAGCAGUCAUAGCCACGAAGAGAAUGAUCCCAAAGAGCUGGUGGGUUGCUGGGUGGACGGCGGCAUUAAAGGAGUUAAGAUGCUUGCUGAGGGCAUUGAGGCUGAUCGAGAGAACACCAACUAUGCAGUCCAAGUUAAGAAUAUCUACUUCGAAUGGGUUCCGGCUGAAUUCAUAGAUGCCUACAUUUGUGAGGAGGGGACUUUGGACGCCAAAGCUAUUCAAGAGAAGGCCCAACAUGUAAAGCAGAAGGCCGACAGAUACUUUGGUCAACUCUAA